AUGUGUUGGAUAUGAAAUAUGAUCUGACCUGAAUACAUCUGUAAACCUGUUGUUGUUGUUAAGUCCUCACUUAAAUGUGAAGCACAUGCUGAAGGUGGAUUUAUUGUCAGCUGUCAGGAACAGCAGACAAACCAGCUCUUCCUGGCCAUCGUGACUAUCAUACAGCUUGCCCUACAUUGUGAUCAUGGUUGGCUAAUUGUAAUAAUACUACAGACAUGUCCUGCUCUAUUAGUCAAAGAUGCAUUGGUUGUCUGUUGACUUUCUCGCAGCAUCCCUAGCUCUGAGCGCUGUCCUCACAUACACAGGUGCAAAUGUUGAACUGGCUGCACAGUCUGGUGUUGUUGCAGCUGGCGGCUGAAACCGCACGCACACAGUCCCUGCACUUAAAGCUCUCUGCUAUUAAUACCUCAUAAAGACAUGUUAUCAAACUGCAUACUUUCCAUGAGCACCAGCACUUUUCCACCUUGUGCAUUUUCCCUCUUCAUCCCUUCAUCCUGCAUUCCUCCUACCAGCUGUGGCUUUUUUAUAUGCCCGUCGUUGUUCCCUGUUGUCUGUCAGCUGUUCCUCUUUGCUCUGACUCUGUCUCUCUUUCUGUCGUGAUGGACAUAUGGUUUUCCACUUGUGUAUUCUUUCCUGAAAUUAGUCACAUUUUCCGCUCAACAAAGGACUUUUGUCUGAAUGUAAAUCUCAAUGAUAGCAGAUUAAUGCGUCAGUUUGCUCAGUGCUGAUGUCAUUAUUUUCCAACCACUGUGUCUCUACACACUGGCCUCCUUUCUGUCUGAUUAGUCAGCAUGGGCUAGUAGGAAUGGGAAGGAAACAGCAACAGUCCCUCCCUCUUUCACAUGCGAUUGGCUUGCAGUCAAGGACUGGAUGAAUGAGACCAGGCAGGAGGAGGAGGGGGUUGUGGGUAGUGCGUCAUUGGCUGGCUGGGCCCGUUGAAGUGACUGUAGCAGGAGGAGCUUGAGUGAGCUUAAAAGAGACUGAAUGACAUUUCUGCUCCCCACACCCAAUUCUCUGGAAAAUUCCUUCAGUUUGCUGGCUGCAGAGCUCACUCACACCGAGUGCUACAUACUAACUGGGCUGAAGAGGACGAGCAGGCUGUUCGUUUUGCCUUUCAGCUGUGAGUGUGCAGCAGAUGACUGGAUAACCUUGGAAUGUGGGUUAGGAGACAGUGUGUUGACUGAGGGGACCUGAGCAUAUCUCCAGCACUGUGAACCGGUUCAGUGUGAAGACAAGAGGUGACAGACUUCCACCUUACGUCAACGCGUUUCCCGUUCAAGGCGGUCUAUUACUUCCUGCUCGCCUGUCACACUGGGGAAGGCAACGCUCCUCCGGUCGUCCCGAUUCCCCCCUUCCUCUUCAUUGCCGUCGCCGCCGUUGUCCUUGCUGCCACUGAAGCCAAGGUCCCAUUCUGCCUUGACCUCAGUUAUCAAGUGGAGAAGGUUUCGACUCCCAGGGUCACCCAUCAUGCACAUCAAGACCACCAAGUGCAACCGCUUCUGCUUGGUGUCCUCAGUGACUAACCAGGAUGUGUUCAACCGUCCAGAGGCGAAGGCUAGCUUUGAAGCUUUAUUCCGUUCGUUUGACCCAGAAGUGCAGUUCCAGUACUUCAAGUCAUUCCGUCGGGUCAGGAUCAGUUUCAGUGACGCUCUGGCUGCAGCUGAGGCCAGACUGCGGCUACAUAAGACUAACUUCAGUGGCAAAGAGAUGAGACUCUACUUUGCCCAGUCUGUCCACAUAGGGAGUCCUCGUCUGGAGCCUCCCAAGCCUGAGAAGCAGUUCCUGAUCUCCCCACCAGCCUCCCCUCCAGUCGGCUGGGAGCAGUCUCAGGAUGCUAUGCCAGUUAUCAACUAUGACCUGCUUUGUGCCAUCUCCAAACUUGGUCCAGGGGACAAGUACGAGCUCCACACUGCCACGCCCACCACCCCCAGCGUGGUGGUGCACGUCUGUGAGGAUGAGCGUGGUGAUAGCUCUGCCCCUGACGACACUGACCAGGAUGACAGUGGCCACCAGCCACGGCCCAAGAUCAUCCAGACGCGGCGCCCCGACUACAACCCCGCUGUCAAGCAGUGAGCAGCAGCAAGUCCACGGAGCGGGUUAGGGUUACGUUCCAUCCUCAAGUGACUGGUUAAGAGCCGAACAUGCUCUCACACUUUGAAGGUUUGGGGAAAGCCUGAGGGUGCUGCGUUGUCCCGGAAACAAGCUUUUCAAAAGAUGAAGAGUGAAAACAUAGCGUCGAGUGUUGCAUUCAUACCCCAAAGGAAAGACGGGAAAUAUGAACUUCCAUUUGGAAAACACUGUACAGUUUAGUGAUGAGAUAUGAUUCUGCCUGUUUGAGGUUUGGAAGUGAAACUGAUGGAAGCAUUGUAGAAAAUGUGUAUCAUUUUCAUUUUAGUGUGUACUUAUGUUUUCAUCAGCAGGUUUUUGUGUUGCUAUAACCCACAGUAAAUAAAAUGUACAGUGCAAGUAAGUCUGAAUAAGAUCAUUGAAAGAUAGCAACACAGCAUCAGCGUGAUAAGUCAAGUUUGUUUACCUCCCACAGAGUUUGAGGUUAACUACAGGCUUAGACAUUUAUGAGCUGAUUUAUUUCAAACAUAACUCCAUGACUGCUGUGUUUUUGCCAGGGUGCUACAUCUUUGUGUUUGUCAGCUGUAGGAACUGAAACCUCCAUAUUGUAUACCACUGACUAGUUUUUCAAUUCUUUUAUGUUUGUUAGUUACUAUUUGACAUCUCAGCUUCAUUUUACAAUUCAAGACUGGUUGUUUAUUAACAGUUCUAAUGUGGACAAGUAGUAAAGUUGCCUUAAUGACAUUUAACAGGCUUUGGUUUGUACUUCUUACAUUGAAGUGUGACUAUAAAAGAGUUUGCAGCCACAGUGGAGAUGUGUUGUUUGUGGUUUAUUUCAGGUUGGUUGUCUGUCUGUGUGUUCUGUCUGUGGUUUAGCAACACUUUGCUAUUUGACAUUCAGCCAAACUAUGGAGGCGUCUAUGUUUGAAUGUACAUGUAAAGCUCUUCAUCUGAGCUCUGCACCACAAUGAUUACAAAAACCCUAAGAGCAGGGCUUCUGUUUUUUUACAUGUGCUUUACAGUUUUCUUGAAGCCUAUCUGUAAAUCUGUGAGAAAAUACAGCUCAAGCACUGUUAUUGUUAUUCAAGUCAUGUCUCAGGACCCAGUUUGCUUACUGGCCUCUUCUAAUGCAUCUUCAUUUGACUGCUUGUGAGUUUUAUGUAAUUUAUUAUGUUGCCUAUACUGUUUGUGUUGUUGUGUUCAUGUGUAGAAAAAUACUCACCACAAGCACAUAUGUGUGUGUGAGUGUGUUCUUCAACUUGUUGGUGUUAGUCCACAGACCAUCACAUCAUGAUGUGUGUUUAAUUUGUGUAAAACAGUAAAAUGUUGGAGCAGGUGACAACUCAGACGUUUCUCAAGGAAACCUGGGUAUAAACGUGUGAGUCUGUUAUUAAAUGCUGGUACAUUUCCAGUAGCCUUCUACCUGUUGCUUAAUUAGUUGUCAUAUUAACACCACCCAAACCUUUCACAUGUAGCACAGUCUAAACCCUUGAAUGUCCUAACAAAAAUAGGUCUGAAAACAGACACUUAUGGUUUUAUUAGUGAACUGUGCUCUGUGCAGGUUUAUAUCAACCCAAAUACACAAAUGUGCUUUAGAUUAGUUUUUUUGGGAGAAGCUGUGACAUUUGCUGACAGAACUGUAGGCAUAGUUAAAAAAGCAAAACGUGAAAUCCAGUCCCUCAGAGAGAACAUGCUAACUGUCAUUUAAGCUCAAUCUUAUUGACAACUGAGUGGUUGUAUGAUACAGCCACAGCAGAAUUUACUGUUUGACAGAGAACCUGUGUAACGCUGAUUGAUGCGUAGAGUUGGUCGUAUGUCAAUGUGGCUUGUUUUCUUUUUAUUUUUGGACAGUAUUUUCUGUUGUUGACCUAACAGUCAUACAGCAGACAAUUAAUAUGUUCUGUGCCACUUAGAAGCCAUUAAAAUAUGAAUCUCUGAAAACUUGUUGCAGGUUAGAUCUCAUUGUCUAAAAUGAUACUGCCUGUAGCCCAAAACACACCUGCAGUGAGUCAGGUGAUCAGAUGAUUGCAAAUGCAAACUAUGUAAAACCGCUGGUUGUAAUUAGUUGAAUGAUGGAGAAAUUUGUUGCAUUUCUUUCUUAAUAUUAUUUGCUGUAAGGUUUGAUUUUAUUAAGGCUUUGUCUUCAUUCAGUGUGAUGGGAAAUGCUUCAGCUUUUGGAAGCACUGUGAAACACAUCACCUGCUGACCUUCAAACAUCUCAUUUGUCUCAUGCAGACAUUUAAAAGUUGCCAUUCAUUUAACUUAGAUCAUUAUGGUAUUAACUUCAAUAAAGACUUGAUCAUCUGGA